GGAGCGGAUCAGCGCGGAGAGACUCAGCGAGCGAUUUAAUCACCAUUACUGCAGCUUUUAUUUACAUUAACAUCAACCAGACUCAAGUUUAGACCUUCAUCUGUUAGUUUAGACUGGAUUUAGUCCGGUAGGGCGGAUUAAUGUGGGCUGUUUGCUCGGGUUUGGUGGAGGUAACCUAGUUAGUGCGGGUGUAGGUCGGCUCAGCUGCUCAGCUGUUUAUACUCAGCCUGCUUUGGUUGGUGGACAGAUAAACAUGAUGUUCAAUACCAGUCCUGACAUGCUUACAAGCAUGAAGAAAUGAUGAUGUUCUUUGCACUGUUUAGACCUUAAUGUGUCUUGAUUUGGGGAUUUAUAUUAUUAUAGAUAAGAAAACAAUGGAUCCUUGAUCACUGCAGUCAGACUUGCAGGCUUGAACAUUGAGAACCAGGCUGGAUUACUGAAGGAUUUUAGCAGGUAUGAAGCGAUGGACAUGAUUGGAGAGAGACUGCAGCUUCAGGCAAGGUGACUUCUCCUAACACUGCCAUCCAGAAUAUUUAAAGGUGAGCUCGCUUGCUUGCUUUUGUAUUUUAUCUCAGCAUGACCGAGAGACUAGUCCUAGACUUUGUUUAGGGAUCGACAGUCUAGUUGAUAUUGGUGCGAGAAGAUCCUGAGAUCUUUGAAGUCUUGAGAAGAACCUGAUGGCUCUGGAGGGUUAGAUGUUUAAGGAAAUAGGUUCCAGUCCAACCACGAAGUCUGCAGACAGAAAACAGACCCCCGGCAAGCUGGAGGACAGCACGGCACACACCAUGAAGCCUGACCGAGACGCGGUGGAGGAGUUUUUCGAGUACGAUGCUGAGGAGUUCCUGGUGUCCCUCACGCUCCUCAUCACCGAGGGACGGACCCCCGAGUGUUCGGUGAAGGGUCGCACCGAGGGUCUGCACUGCCCCCCUGCACAGUCCGGCGUGCCGGUCCUCACCAAACAUGAGUGCAGCGACAAACUGCCGCAGUGUCGCCAGGCGAGGCGGACGAGGUCAGAGGUCAUGUUACUGUGGAGAAAUCACAUCCCCAUCAUGAUCGAGGUGAUGCUGCUGCCCGACUGUUGCUACAGCGACGAGGGCCUGGCGACGGACCUGAACGACCCGGCGAUGAAACAGGACGCCCUGCUGCUGGAGAGAUGGACCUUACAGCCGGUCCCCCGACAGAGCGGGGAUCGUUUUAUUGAGGAGAAGACCCUGCUCUUGGCUGUACGUUCCUACGUCUUCUUCUCUCAGCUCAGCGCCUGGCUCAGCGCCUCCCACGGCGUCGUGCCCAGGAACAUCCUCUACAGAAUAAGUGCAGCAGAUGAAGAGCUGAUCUGGAACUUCUCCCAGUCGCCCUCGGAGCAUGCGUUCCCCAUACCCAACGUGUCCCACAGCGUGGCGCUGAAGGUGCGGGUACAGUCGCUGCCCCGCCAGCCCAAGUACCCGGUACUGAAGUGCAGCAUCCACUCAGAUCUGUCAUUCCUCAGUAAACGCGGCCUGGAGCCGAGCGAGAGGACUCUGCAGGGGGCGUUGAGUCGGGGGCAGGCGGGCGGGAACCCUCCCAACAGCCCAAAGAGUUCCCCUCUUUUAUGCAGACAGGUUCACUCGCCCAUGCCCUCCUGCGACAGGAAGAGUCCCGUCAACCUGGUGAAGCUCCCCGGCUCGCCGGUUUUGCCGGGCAAGGCGUCGAAGUUGCUGUUUCCUCAAACGAACGGCGUCCUCGAAAGCUCAGGGAAGACGCCGAGCGUGGAGUCGCAGUCGUCGCCCUCGUCCUCGUCUCGGCGCGAUUUCAAAUCGCUCUCGAAUUCCGUCUUUCUGCCUCCCGGCCCGAGUCUGCGCCCCUCCUGCGUGGAGACGAACCCCCUCAUCGGGUCGUUACUUCAGGAGAGGCAGGAGGUCAUCGCUCGGAUCGCUCAGAGACUGAACUUCUGCGACCCGACCACGCCCCAUCUUCUUCCAGACGCCCUCUUCGGAUCUCCAGCGGACGAGAAGCCGUUCAAGAAGACCAAAGAUCAUCCGACUUCUCAGACGCUCAGCCCGAGGAGCAGUCCGCUCAGCCCGAGGAGCCGGUCCCGGGAACGGUCCGAAAAGGACGAAUCACGGACGUCUCCCAAACCGGCGUCCUGCCGGCGGCUGGUGCUGUCGCCCGACUCGAAAGAGGGGUCCAUGAUCGCCGAGGCGGUGCAGGACAUCUCGCGCUUGAUUCAGGAACGGCUGCAGCUGUCGCAGGAAAUUCUGCACACCAAAUACAAACUGUGCCGGGAGCCGUCCGGUCCAGGGACCCCCCGGAAUCAGAGCCAGAACCAAAACCAGAGCCAUACGCGAAACCAGAAUCAGAGCCCGGACCAGGGCCGCCAGCUACGAACCAACCACAAUCACACAAGCUAUGCUAACGGAACCACCCACGUAACCGACGGCGAAACCGGCGCGACCCUGCGAGCCAGCUCCGAACCAAUCAAAACCCGGGCCUCGCCCGAAACCCAGCAUCGCAAUGAAGGACCUCUCACCACCAAACCUCAACCUGUCCCUCAAACCAGCCAUAAACGUACACACAGUGCCAAAAACCACCCAUGGACCUCUUUCCUCGACACCUCCAGCCCCAAAAGCUCCCACAGCCUAAACGGAGAUCUUCACGACUCCCAUGAAAACCUCCAGGACCUUCAGGACCUCCGGACUGAAAAGGAGAACCAGAGGAGAAGAGGAGAACCGGUAACCCAGCCAGAGUUCAUAAGACCUGCACAGGAUCCGAACCAAGAUCCCUGGUCCUCCCUGUCCAGCACACCCACCAGCCUUAGUGGUCCACACUCCCCGAGCCCUGAUUCCACCCUCGGCAGCGCCCCACACACCCCACAGCGGAGUCCUGCCUCCCCGUUGAAGCCAUGCAGUAACUGGAAGAAGCAGAACAGACACUCCAUCGAUGGUACUGCCACCCGAGCCUUCCACCCCUGCACCGGCCUGCCCCUGCUCUCCAGCCCGGUUCCACAGAGAAGAAGCCAGACUGGAUAUUUUGAUCUGGACACGUGUCUGAUUGGCUGUAAAAGAGCACCGUGGGCCUCCAGUAAAAGAGUGUGUUUGAACAGAUCUGAAGACACAGAGGAACCUCAGCAGAUCCUGAGUGCCAGCGCCCCCCCUGCCAGUCUCAGUCUACUGGGAAACUUUGAGGAGUGUGUUUUAAACUACCGCCUGGAGCCACUGGGCACCGUGGAGGGUUUCACCGCCGAGGUGGGUGCCAGCGGAUCGUUCUGCCCCAGUCACAUGACCUUCCCAGUGGACGUGUCCUUCUACAGCGUCUCAGAUGAUAACGCUCCUUCUCCUUAUAUGGGUGUGAUCAAUCUGGAGUCUCUCGGGAAGAGGGGCUACCGCGUGCCUCCGUCAGGAACCAUUCAAGUGACCUUAUUUAACCCCAAUAAGACGGUGGUGAAGAUGUUCGUGGUGAUGUACGACCUGAGAGAAAUGCCAGCCGGCCAUCAGACGUUCCUGAGGCAGAGGACUUUCUCCGUCCCCGUCAAGCGCGAAUCGAACGGACAGAACCACAGGAAGCCCCUCCCGUCGGGCCCGGGCCGCACCCUGCGCUACCUCAUCCACCUGAGGUUCCAGAGCUCCAAAUCUGGAAAGAUCUACCUCCAUCGCGACAUCCGGCUCCUGUUCUCACGCAAAUCCAUGGAAGUGGACAGUGGUGCUGCCUACGAGCUGAAAUCCUUCACAGAGUCGCCUGCCAACCCUCCGUUCUCCCCCAGAUGCUGAUCCCAUCAUGUCUGAUCUAUCUGACGAAAAAAGACGUACACAGUGUUCCUCUCGAUCCAAACGCCGUCCGUAUAUUUAUGGAAAGAUCUUACGUUAGCUUUAUCGGUCUCGAGAUCCGGUGCGAGACUAAUGAAGCGAACGUCAGACCAUAAAACCAUCGAGGAUCAAUGUUGAUUAUUUAUUUGUACACAAAAGUUUGGACACCCCGGUCCAAAAGUAUUUGGUCGCCUCAAAAACAAACGGUAUUAAAAUGUGAUUUUUUAAAAUGCAUUUUCUCCUCAUUUUCCUCCUGAUUUAUCGUAGUCAAUUUGCCUUCCGCUGCUGAGGGAUACCCGAUUGCAUCCGAGGAGAGCACAUCGCUGCCGACGCCUCUUUCUGACACGAGCCUUCCUCUUCUCGCCCCUGCUCUUUCACCAAUCAGGUCCUUACACAGCGCAUGAAGAUCCCACCCACACAUAGUCCGGUCAACCCGCCCUAGCAGAUAUGGUGGCCAAUAAGUAUCUCAUGCAGGCAUUGUCAGUUAUGCCCAGCCGACCGCUUUCAAACCGAGGAGUUCAGAAUCUCGGCGCUGGUGUGCUAGCGGAAUAUCCCGCUGCGCCACUUGGGCGCCUACAUCUAUGUGAUUUUUUUAUUUUUUUUAUUUUGUUUAUGCAUUUUCUCCCUUUUUCUCCCCCUUUAGGGCGUCCAAUUGCCCGAUUGCGUCAUACCUCCCGAAGCUACUAGCCCGAAGCUAACCCACGCCCCCUCCGACACGUGGGCAGCAGCCGCACUUUGACGAGUGCAGUGCAGCUCAGCGUUGUGUACGGAGAGACACACCCUGAGAGCACUCUUUUCUCAUCUCUGUGCAGGCGCCAUCAAUCAGCCAGCGGAGGUCGUAAUUGCACCAGUCAUGAGAGAGAGAGAGAGAGACCCCAUCCGGCUUAGUCCCGCCCAUAUCUGAACAACAGGCCAAUCGUCGUUCAUGUGGCUGCUCAGCCCAGCGGGCAGGCAGAGCUGAGAUUCGAUACGAUGUAUUCGAGAUCCCAGCUCUUAAGUGAUUUUUAAGCUAGAACAACAGUGUGUCUGUGGGAAUUUGUGCCCAUUCGGUAGUACAAACGAGCUUAUUUGUAUGGCUGGGCGCUGAUGUUGGUCAAGAAAGCCUCAAUUGAUCUUCCACUGCAGGUUUUUAAACCGAGCUUUUUUUCCAUGCACUUAUAGAGCUUGCUUUGUGCACCGGAACAGGACAGGACCUUCCCUAAACUGUUGCCACAAAGUUGGAAGCAUUUAUAUAAUUUAUAACAUUGAUAUAUCACACCUGUUUGCAACUGCAGUGGCUGAAACACUCGAAUAAUAAUUAGAAGGGGCGUCCGAAUACUUUUGUCCAUCUAGUGUCAGUUAUUACAGCGUCUACAGAAAACAAACAUUUUAAUUCAUUUCAGUUUGUUUAGUUCAGAAAAUAGAAGCCGUGUGUUUGUUUUCUGUUGGGAUGUUUCACACAGGGGUGUCCAAACUUUUGCAUGCUACUAUUAGGAGGUAAACGGUGACCACGCUGGAUCUGUUUUUGCCAAGGAUUAAAAAAUGCACAUUCACACACAUGCAAUCAAAAAUAUCCAGAUGAAUCCGGAUGAUGAGGAUGAUGGAAUCAGAUCUGCGUUUAAAAUCAGUCCGGAGUUUCCGUUACCGCUGUAAACGUCGUACUCACGAUGAAGAAGAUGAACCAUCACGACACGGACCAUUUCCUCACGCAGAAAAGAAAAACCAACAGCAGAAGCGAGAGCGGAGAAUAAAAAUGACUUCAGAUAGAGCACUGUGUCCUUCACCACAACUGGAAAGGAAAUGAUGAAUAUUCUUCUAUUUUUAUUUCUCUUUUUUACUGUACUGUUACCGAACCACUUUAAUCGGAAGUGUUGCAAUAGAGAAUCUUAACUAGCGUUAACUAGUGUUUACAUAAUAUUUACUUUGUCAGUUAUUUAAUAUUUAAAAUAAUAAAUAAAAAAAUCAUUUACCGCACAUGUGACGCCUGUCGUGCUCAACAUAAUGACGUAGUGCAAUAUGAUCCAAUCAUACCGUGUAUUUUUGACUAAUAUUCAGAUCGAAAUAAAAGAAUUCUAUAUAUCUAUAACUGA